CAUGGGAUCCGGAUGCCGUCCUCUUCUCAGGUGACAUGUCACCGUGGUACCGUAGCAUUGUCGAUCCCUCCCUCCCUCUGUCUUUCUCUCUCUAUAUAUACAAGGACGGGACUUCCUACCGCCCUUCAGUAGCCACGGUCUCCCAUCAUCCAUAUCGCCGCCAUCCACAACAACCAUGUGGGGAAUGAAAGAUCGCUAUUUUGGCCUGCGAGGCGGAUGGCUCACCUUCUGGGUCACUGUCGCUUGCGGCACGGAUAUGACGCUGUUUGGUUACGAUCAAGGUGUCUUUGGUGGUGUUGUCGUAACCGAUGAUUUCUUGGAUCAAUUGAAUCUACGAAACAAUAGCAGUCUUCUGGGUACAGUGACGGCCAUCUACGACAUUGGCUGUUUCUUCGGAGCCAUCAUGGCCUACUUCAUCGGUGACAGACUCGGAAGGAAAAAGACGGUAUUGCUGGGCACGACCAUUAUGAGCAUUGGCGCCAUUCUCCAAAUCACCGCCUAUUCAGUCCCACACAUGAUUGUCGGCCGCGUGGUUGGCGGCAUCGGAAAUGGACUCAACACCAGCACUGCACCUCCAUGGCAAGCCGAAACGUCCAAAGCAGCGUGGAGAGGCAAACUCAUCGUCAUCGAACUCAUUCUCAACAUUGCCGGCUUCUCCCUCAGCAACUGGGUCACCUACGGCUUCAGCUUUCUCGGGGGAGGUGUCGCGUGGAGAGUCCCACUAGCGCUCCAAUUCAUCUUCAUCGCCAUCCUCUACGCCACCGUCCCCUGGCUUCCCGAGUCUCCGCGCUGGCUGGUUCAAAAAGACCGCGUCGACGAAGCCGAAUUGAUUCUCGCCGAUGUCGAAGGCACCGACAUUAUGGAUCCCUACGUACAAACCGAACUCAGCGAAAUUAAAUUCUCCAUCCAAUACGAACGAGACCACUCUGUCCGCGUCCGUGAUCUCCUCCGAGGCAAAUCCUCCGGCGACCCAGCCGCUGGAACCGCAACGCUUCGAAGACUCAUUCUGGGAAUGGGCGCGCAAGCCAUUCAACAACUCUCCGGAAUCAACGUCACGAGCUACUAUCUCCCCACCGUGCUCAUCGAAUCCGUCGGUUUCUCCAAUAUGAUGGCCCGUCUCCUCGCCGCCUGCAACAGCGUCAGCUAUCUCCUCUUUUCUCUCAUCGGAAUCCCCAAUGUCGAACGAUGGGGUCGUCGUAAAAUGCUCAUUUACGCUGCUCUCGGCCAAGGAACGUGCUAUAUGCUCAUCACCAUUCUCUUGCGCUACUCGGAAUUGCCCGGGUAUGCGUAUCAGAAGGAAGUCGCUUCUGCGAGUGUGGCGUUUUUCUUCUUGUAUUAUGUCUUUUUUGGAAUUGGAAUGCAAGGUGUGCCGUGGUUGUAUCCUGCCGAAAUUAAUGGUUUGAGUAUGAGGAAUAAAGGUGCUGCGUUGGGUACUGCUACGAAUUGGAUUUGUAAUUUCAUGGUCGUAGAAAUCACCCCCAUCGGAAUCCGCACUCUCGGCUGGCGCUUCUACAUCAUCUGGACCGUCUUCAACUUCAGCUUCGUACCAGUCGUAUAUCUCUUCUUCCCCGAAACCGCCGGCCGCACACUCGAAGACAUCGACGAAUACUUCCGCACGCACGCGAGUGGGAAGGAUAUUUUGGUGUACAAGGAUAAAGAGGGAACGCAAUCGACGCGACCAUUGCGGUAUAUUGAAAAGGAAGAUGGUCAGGUGCGCAGGAGGAGUAGUGUGAAUCCUCGAGCGGCCGCCAUGGCCGAGCAGGAUGCGGAGAAGGGUGUGGGAUUGCCGAGUCAUUCUUCCGAGGAGAGAAUAGAGGUGAGAGAUGGCAAAGAUGCCAAGUGAAAGAAAGGGAGAAAAGAAUAAAAUUUUUAAGGCUUCUUUAUAAAAAGGCUGGUAGUGGAACCAAGCUCGAUAUCUUCAUCAUCAUCAUCAUCAUCAUCUAUGUGCACAUUCACAGCAUCAGCCACACUUUCGUCGGAACAGGCUCGGACCAACCCUUCUGCCCGCAACCGUAUUCUUCAGUGCUGACAGCUCUUGCUUCAAACCCUCGACUUCCCCCUCCAAUACCAGAACUCGAGCUCGCGUCUCAGGACAUUUCAAACACGUAAAGCUCGCACUCCUGACGAGCCUUGUUCGCAUGCAUGUAUCCAUGGUUCCAUCUUCUGAUCCCAAGACAGUCACAAAUUCAUUCUUCCUCACCGGCCGGGAAUUCAAUGGUGAUGCCUUCACAGCUUGUGCUCGUGCUCUAGCCCAGGGGGAUUUUGAUACAAUCGCGGGAUCAGGAGCCGACAAGGGUGACGCGGCAAUAGGCUCAUGUCCACCCCGGAGCGAAUUGCGGCGAUGGAAAGGUUUGUUCGGAUAUCUCCUUUUUUUCACCAGUGGGGAAAGCGAAGACGAUCUUGGAAACAGCUCUCUGACGCCCUCGGACUGCGCUGCCAUUGGCAACAGAGCCCCUUGAGCUGUGCUGAUUUCUGUCUCCUCUGCUCUGCAAGCGGGUUCGAAGUGGCUGGCGGGGGAAGGAGAAUUUUCCUUUUGGACGCCAAGAACCAUAGAAGCUUUCCGUUCAGAUGUGACAUCCUCUGGGCUACGCUUUGGUUGCUGUCGUGGCGCCAUCUCAUUAUCAUCAUCAUCGUCGUCGUCGUCAGAUGUGAGCCAAACAUCGUCCUCUUUGCGACCGUGCUUGGCCAUCCCGCUCAUGCUACAUGCGGAGGAGUGCACGCCAGGCAUUGCUUCGCGAUGGCUGGUAUCCGCGGCAGUAUCUCGUCCCCCAGAUAGGAAAUGAGCAUUGUCUAGCUCAGACACAGAAGCCGCCAUCUCACUACUUGCAACUGUAGCAUCGCCAAUAUCCAUGGCACUAGGCUUGAACGUAAUGUGACGAUCUCUCGACCCGACGGGCGGCACUUGCGCGUUGGGACGACGAUCUCUUUUUAACGAGCGUUCAUUGCUCAGAUAUUUGCGACCUGAUACUGAGGCCGAAGUGGAAGUGCUUGCAUCACUGGUAGCUGGUAGCGAAAAAUUGAGUCUCAGGGGUCUGGCUUUGCCAGCUUUGGCAACCGAUGCAGGAGAUCUCUUCAUGAAGGUCUGCUGUGAUAGCCGGGGUCGAUCGCUGUGUGGACUCGAGACCUGCCUGUAACCACUCCUCCCUGCAACAUCCCUUGAUGGCGAGACCGAGUCCGAAUGUCGACUGGAAGGCAGAGGUGCUGGACCGGACCGCUUGGGCACAGCAGCUAAUUCAUCCGGAUGAAAGGUCAGCUGGCGCGUCACCUGCGGCUGUUGAGCGCUGCUCCGCCGCAAGGCUAACGGCAGUCCAAGGCCGCUCAUAUCCUCGCGCUCGUUCUUUGGCGUCGACUUCUCAGGGCCCUUUCUCAUGGGCAACUCCGAACUACGAGCUCCAUGCAUGGGGUCUAUCACUGCGUCCGAAGCUUCUUUGUCAAAUUGACCAAGGUGUGCACCACUAAGAGCUUGUGGCGAUGCGCCAUUGAUCCAUUCGACGCUGAUGACCUUCUCUUCUCGCGAACUGACCUUUUCUGACGCGAGCAUCAGACCAACUGCAUCGUACACCUGGAUAGCUCCGUUCAUGAGCCCGACAGCUAUGAGACUAUCACUUAUGCCAUCAUCCAUGUCCUGCUUACUCUUUUCUGUAUUGGCGCCACUGCGACUGGUCUGCGACUUUACAUCGCCACGGUCCGAGAGGACAGAAAUCGCUGUACAAGGAGCCCUGCAGUUCCAGGUUCGAAGUAUUGCUCCACCGUUCGCAAAGUCGAUGAUCCUGCAUCUGCCGUCUCGCCCAGCAGUGACUGCCCGCAGCUUGUAGCCCGGAAUGAAUGCGAUGCCGAUUAUAGGUGUGGCAGCAUUGAAAGUGUCCAAAGAUAGGUCGCCGGUGAUGACUUUGCGAUGCAGAUUUGUUAAGCGAGAGAUCUCACCAUCGUUACCCGCCACUUGAGUGGUGUAUCUACCAGCGUCUCGUGAUACUCUCGUGGCAUCAUAGGCAGCUACAGUAGCAUCCUGAAACGCAAGCAUGAAGAUGCUUGGCCUUGCAGGAUGGAAUGCUGCAGCGCACACUGGGGCGUUCGAUGCAUUCGGCUGCAUGAAUGCGCCCGCCGUAGUGCCCGCUAAGUUCUUGAGGUAUACCACUGGGGGGAUACUGGAUGCUGACACCAUCAGCUGCUCGUUAGGCGAUAUCGCAAGUGCCACUGGCGCACUUGAAUGCUUCUGUACCGGCUCAAGCAGUCGUGACCGCUCCGUGCUGUAUUGCUGUAUGCGUCCAUCCGAAGCAGUCGAUAAGAAGAGUGACUUGGCAUCAUUGGAGUAUUGUAGAUGGCGGACCUCUUCUUGUGGAGCGCUCAAUCCCCAGCUCUGCUCCUUGCCUCUUUUAGUGUCGUGCAGGACCACGACGUCCUUGCUGGCCACUGCUAGAAUGCCCGACCCAUCUUUGGCUUCUCUUGCUGCCACAAUGCCAUUUCUGCUACUUUGGAAGACCUUGCGAAAACCCGACGCGUCCUAGGCGAAAAUCUGUCUUGGCGUGGCUAUGAUAAGAUGGUGGGUAUUGGGGAAAGUGAAGUUCUGCUGAUUCGAACGCCUGGGUAAAGGUGCCUCUUUGGCGAUGUUUUGUGUGGCGGACAUGGCAAUAUUUAGUCGUUUUCGGAUGUUGUCUCCGUCGGACGUGUUCGUCGUAGAAUGGAAGUCUCUAUAGCCCGCCGAUGCUGCCUGCCCUAUCAUCUUCCAGUGCGCCUCCUUUCGCUACGUGCCUCACGCUCCGAUCAAUCCUUCAACAUAUCGCUCCACCUGGUUCUACGUCAAGUACCGAAGGCACCAAUGCCACCAAUCGCAGCGCCCAGAUAGCCAAAGUCCGAGAUUCUUCUCCUCCCAAAGAUCUGAACCGCUUCGCCAUGGGGCCACACCAGAAAUCCCGUAUGAACUGAAAGCCAACCCAAAGCAGUAAACGAAGUUACCAUAGUGAGCAUCACCGUCCUGAAAUUCCGGUAGAAAAAAGGAUGCCAUUUGACGUUCCACAAUUCCAGUUUGUUGGGUUGCCCUAGAAGAGGAAUUUGGUUCCAUAUGCCGACUCGAAAGCUUCGCAUAGUGUGCGAGAUGGUGGGAUGGUGCGGUGUGCCCCAUGAAAGGGUGAUGUUACGUUCUGUUCGUAGGUCGAGGACUUCUGCCUCUGACUUGCACAGCGAGAUUGCCAGCACAUCUUCCACCUUCGUUCCCAACUUCAAUUGCUGACAUAUGCGUUCCGUAUACGUAACCAGUUUCUUAUACUUCCUCCUCAUCGUCCCAGCAAGCCAGUCCUGCGGCAAUUUGGGAAAUAGCAUCAGAGUCAGAUAUCCCACUAACAAACAAUCCACGGCCGUCGGGCCCUCUUCCACCCCGAGUAGGUGGUUACUGUUCCCCAACAACUCCUCCAGCGGCUCAAAGAAAUUAUCAGCAAGCGCAUUGAGUUUGAAGACGGCAGCGUGUUCCGGUUUCUGCAACAGUCCUCUUAACGUCUGCUUUCCCCCGCCCAACAACAGGCUAGCUCUCUUCUGCGUAGCCUCCUCGAAUGAUUUGGACUGAUCCUUUCCCACGCCAUCAAAGCCCUCCGGUCGAUUGCUCAUAUCCUCGUGGACAUUGUCGACAUCGAUGGAUGAAAUGCCCAACUGUUCAGUCCUCAUUCUCGCAGCUGCCCGCCACCGAGGCGGGAGAGUAUAGUUCGCAUGCCAUGGUAGGACUUUGCUGUAAGCGGGUCGUGUAGCGAGUCGGUAAUUUUCAAAGCCGACAUAAAGUGAUAUAUCGAGUAAAGUUUGGGCGUGGGAUUCGAUGAAGGAUGUUAUGGCGAUGGCGUCAGCGCGUUGCUGUUGGCUGAGACCAGAGUGGGAGAGCAGGCGUUUGUCUAUCAAAUGGCGGACGAUGUUGUUGAAGCCUGAGACUUUGGCGGUGCCGUCGAUGAGAAGUGGCAGCGGCCGACUUUCUUCGUCGUGCGUGGGGACGAUGGUGUAGGCGUGGGGCACAUGGAGUUGGAGGAGAGCGACGGCGGCG